AGCUCUUUUGCUCCACAUAGCAGAACUUACAGACUGCUGGCUGAAGUGCCAUUGUGCUGAGAUGUCGGACCUGGAGGCCAAAUUCGAGGCGGCGGCCAACCUGAUUGCCAAAGGCACGCCCACAAAGGGAUCGGCGAGCACCGACGACAAGCUUAAGCUUUAUGGCCUCUACAAGCAGGCGAAGGAAGGUGACAACACCACUGGCGAACCUUGGUCCGUCCAAUGGGAGACCAAAGCCAAGUGGGAGGCGUGGGAGAAGUGCAAAGGCAAAUCAAAAGAAACCGCCAUGACCGAAUACAUCGCCGAAGUCGAGGCACAGAAGGAGAAGUUCGGCAUCGAGCCACCAUGAGUGGAGAAGUGAGGGGUGUCCACCGGGUUUGAGGGGACCCAAGCGGAACUCGUCCAGUUGGUGCCCAAAAAGCAGGCAUGGAUGGGAUUAGCUGAUCAGGGGGACAAAUGUUAUGAC